UCUUCCUCAUUUCUCUAUUCCCCCUUUCUUACUUCUCCUUUUUUGACAAGUAGUGGGCAAAUUUCAACUCUUACUUCUCUUCUUCCCGCCACCGUCCCGCUUCAUCUUCCCGGCCUUCUUUCUUCGUUCACCUACGAGUUUCGGCUGUUUCUAGCCGAUUAUACCAAGGAAUUAUCCCUCUCCUUUCUCUCCCUCUACUCUCUUUAUGUUGCAGUAUAAGCCAGAAAAUAACCAGUCCUGCAUACAGGUCUCUGAUAUAUCCUUUUUGGGAGCUCAAAUAUGUCAAGUGGCCUUGGACUUGAAACUCUUGUAGAUCAAACUAUAUCAGUCAUCACAAAUGAUGGACGCAACAUAGUGGGAGUACUGAAAGGCUUUGACCAGGCUACGAAUGUUAUCCUUGAUGAAUCUCAUGAACGUGUUUACUCGACGAAGGAAGGUGUUCAACAACUUGUGCUGGGCUUGUACAUAAUAAGGGGCGACAACAUAAGCAUUGUUGGGGAGCUGGAUGAAGAGCUUGAUUCUAGUCUUGAUUUAUCAAAACUGAGGGCUCAUCCCCUUAAGCCUGUCAUCCACUGAUCGACCCGGAAAAUUGUAGAGCUGUUAUAGACCAAGUGAGCGAUUACCUUAAAACAAUUAUCAAACAUGUAGGUAUUACAAUGAGAAUUCUGUGCUAUAACCUUUGAAAGUGCCGAAUAUUCUGUCAUAUCGGUUUUGCAAUAUUUUCGUUUGGUCAUUAUUUGCAGUUGUGAGAGCUUUCAGUCGUGUUCUAAUAGAAAUGAACAUUUUUCAACUGUCGAUUUGUUAACUAUGCCAUGAUCUAAUUAUAAAAACAUGUUGCGGACACCGUA